AUGGAAGAAUUGGUGCAGGAAUCUCUCAAACAGGUCCAAGAGAAGGCCAGAGGUACAGUCCCGUGGAAACCGGACGAGGUCUGGAGUCAGGACUGCAAUAUCUGGAAAGGAAACGAAUGGACUUCGGUCAAGUCAACGACAGGAGGAGGGAAGCCGCUAUCAGUUUUGGCUCUUUAUUCCUGGAAUAUCGAUUUCAUGCUACCCUACGCCGACUCGAGGAUGAACAAAGCGCUCGACCACCUUCGAGGCCUCAUAUCACAAGAGCACGAAGCCACGGCCAAAGUCGUCUUUCUGCAAGAAUGCGUCUUCUCCGAUAUCAAACUCCUGACUUCUCAUUCCUGGAUUCGCGAAACAUUCGUGCUGAGUGAUGUGGAUGUUUUGAACUGGCAGUCAGGUCACUAUGGGACCGUCACCCUGAUUGACCGCCGGCUGCCGAUUAGUUCCGUCUUUCGGGUGCAUUACGCAGCGACGCGAAUGGAGAGGGAUGGCUUGUUCGUAGAUGUCAAGCUCAAUGACAAGACCGUUCGACUUUGCAAUACACAUCUGGAGAGCUUGGCUCUGGAGCCGCCGUAUAGAAUCCCACAAAUGAAGCUGUGCGCAGAGUACAUGCGUGCGUCACAUAUCCACGGCGCGAUCGCAGCAGGCGACUUCAAUGCUAUCCAGGGUUUUGAUAAGGCUCUCCAUUCAGAUAAUGGACUGAAGGAUGCGUACCUCGAGCGCGGUGGCAAGGAGGAUGAUCUGGAAGGUCACACAUGGGGCCAGCAAGCAGCCACAAAGCUGCGAGAGCAGUUUGGGACUACUCGGAUGGACAAGGUAUUCUUCUGCGGCGGGCUAGAUGUGGCGUCGUACGAUAAAUUUGGUGCCGAUGUAUGUGUCGAUGAGGCCCCGGAGCAGGAGCUUAUCGUUAAGCUGGGGUUUGACAAGCCCUGGAUAACGGACCAUCUGGGUGUCAAGGCCGUCUUCAGAGUUCUAGGCUCUUGA